UUUUGUCUCUCUCUGAUGUUGCUGGGCCGAGGCGGAAGCCCACCAAGUGCCACCGUCGUUCCUUCAUCCUCAUCUCCAAAUCAAAAUCAGUUCUUUCCUCAAGUCUUUCCACCCCUCGAUUGCGUACAUAACCCGAUCCCAAUUGUCGAACUCCUUAUUGUUUCCUCAAAAUCCCCAAUAUCGAUGGCCAACAUCCCCAAUCCAGGUCGUCUGCCCUCGAUUCUCCUCUCCCGGAAACCACGAUUCACCGACAGCCGGAACGAUACCACGGCCACGGCCAAAUCAAAAGAUGGCUAUACCAUGGCGGUCUCCUUCUGGAUGGAACACCCACCGCACUUGUCCCUCUUCUCCAUCAACUGUACCAAGCCUCCCCAUGUUUUGUCGCAAGACCUUGAUUUCUCAGUUUUGCCACACGUUGUCGGCGCGGAUGGCCCUUUCGUCCUCCUCCGCGCCACCUUCUACGCCGCCGCCGGCGAAAGCGAAUAUUUCCUGUACAAGGCCGGCCCUCCCCCCUCGCUCGAGCGGAUUCCUUCUCCCGGCGAGUUGGAUGAUCUGCGCGGGGUCAGGGAGUGGGGCAUCGUCGGCCGCGGGGGCGACGGCCACUAUCUCCUGGCCGCUCUCGGUGACGCACCGGCGUCGGAGUCGGGCGACGGCUAUCAGCUUCGAAUCUAUUCGUCCGAGACAAAUUCUUGGAGCACUAGGAUACUGCACAAUCCAUGUCCUGGAGUCGACAGGGUUAUACCUGAUAAGAUGAUCACGCUUGGACAAGAAGGCUUACUAGGCUGGGUUGAUUUGUCACACGGCCUGCUUGUCUGCGACUUGCUUCUUCUUCUUCAACACCAAGAUCCUGUUCCUGCUGGUGCCCCUGUAAGCUGCUUCAUCCCGUUGCCUGCCCCGUUGCCUGGAAACAGGUACAAACUCAAAUAUCCCUUCGCCCUGACCCAAAAGAUGAAAAAACACCCUUCAGUCGACGAAGAAUCCCGCUCCGCAAGCUGGUUUCGGGAUCUCGCAUAUGUCAAUGGCGUGCUCAAGUUUGUUGAGAUGGAGACUCAUCCUGCUCCUUAUCCUCAAAACAAGGAGGACAGUAUUAUUGACGAUCAAGACUUGAUCAUGUCGCUCAAGCACAAACCCGACGAUGAGGAUUCCUGGCUGCAGCUCUCCUCCUUUAGGGAUGCCUGGAGGGCUGUGACAUGGACUCGGAAACUAGUUUGGCCGCCAUCGUCGCCUAACUUUUGGCGCCAGACAUGCGCUGCUCAUGUUGCUGAUCUAAAGAAGUGUGUAGAGUUGUUGGCAUUCAGGGAACUCUACUCAGCUUUCCCCAUCCUCAGUCCGGAGGAUGGUGAUGAUAUUAUUUAUCUCAGAUCUCUGGGGGAACCCAGUGAUGGGAAUGGAUGGGUGGCUGCUCUUCACGUAGGGAACAAGGAAAUCAAAGCAGUUGGGAAGUAUUAUCUUCCGGAUGAUUUUUAUUACGACCGCUGCUUUGACCCUGAACAUCCUUUCCGUGCCUCUACAUUGUCCCGCCAUCUGGAUAUAACUCCAGGCAUUGAAGUCUCGGCGUGUAGGAAGAUCCCAGAGGCUAGCAGCUCAGCAAAUCAUCCAAGCAACACCUCAAUCUGUAUCGGUGAGCUCAGUUCCUGCAAACCAAAGAGCAAAAUCCAAAGGCAAUCAGAAUUUGAUGAGGACAUCAAGCGCGUACGAAAUCGUCAAAAGAUUUCCCAGGUCCAUCCUGUUGAAAACUAUAUGGCACCCCAGACAUGCUUCAACAACUACGCUGGGUAUUCACAACAACAAUCUGCCCCUAACCCAUUUGCCUAUAGCGUGCACACGGGCUAUGGCAACUGCCAAGAGCACUGGUGGCCUAUUGGCGCAUCUUCGCAGCAACACGCAGGCUAUGGCAACUACCAACAGCAGUGGUGGCCUAUUGGUGCAUCUUCGCAACAACCAGCGUCAGGCAACACCUUGAGUGACAGAGAUUUGAAGCCUAACCUCAGAUGAGGCUUAUGGUGGGCUCUCAUCUACACCGCUCCCUGAAAUCCCACCGUCCGUUAUUAACUUCGUGAUGUGUGUAUACAAGGUAAGGUUGUUUAUUCAGAAACGUAUACACAACUGUGAAACAUAAAUACGCAUUCAAUAGGCCAUAGAUGGCGUCAUUGGUACAACCCCGCGCAGAUUUGGUGGCUUGGGCAAUUCAUGGUGACAUGAACAAAGAAUUGAUUCAAUAAAUCAAUAAGAACCAGAAAAUUGGAUAGAAAUUUGUGCACAAAAUUUUCCAUUCUUUUUUUUCUACUCUUUCCCAUCUCAUGCCACAACAUACUGUUUCAUAUGAUUCCGAAAUUUAUUUUGAUAUUAACAGAUUUAUUAUAUGAACCGGAUAUUAGUUUCUGAUGAUAUCAACAGAAUUUUUUUAUAUGGUACAGAAUUUCUAAUACUAUUUACACAUGCAGAUUAUCAAAUAAAAAAAAUUCAGAACAAACCAUCCAUAUAUAUUUGGGUUUGGACACUUAUUGUUGAGAGUCCCUUGAACAGAAAAACAUUUGGAUGAACAAAAAUAUACCCAAUUAAUUCAACAAAAAUAAUGGACUAUAUGAAGAAAAAAAGUUCUUUGGUACUACUUUUUUUUCCUGAACACGUCACAAAUCUUGUUCAUGGUAGCCUGAUGGUAGAAUCUUCCAAUCACAGGUCAUACAUACUGAACAUAUCACAUUAUUAUUGCUUCUUAUCUUAGCUGGAAAGAAUCAUAUUAUGAACAUAUCACAUUAUUAUUGCUUCUUAUCGUCAGAAUAAGCAUAAGCGAAACACACCCAUGUUUGAUUGUUGCCCUUGCCCAAUUUGCAUACGUAGCCAGAAAAAUAACAUAUCAAAAAAUGUAUCUGCUGGCCCUUAUGGUUGUCCGCUGCAAAUCUGUCGAAGGUUAUAUAAUGCUGCUGGCCGCUGUGCAAGGAAAGAUGCAGCCAGGUAUUUCAACAGAGCGCAACACCUGAAUCGUAAUUAAUUUAAAGCCGAUCUCCAGCAGUCCCGACUCACACAUGCCGUUGAUAUUGCUUCGUUGCCAAGUUGCCGAGCUUGGCGAUGGCUCGAAGUUAUCAUGAAACUCUCCUUCAAAAAGAAAAGGUCAUCUGCCAUGCACACAUAUCGGCACUGGUGGAGAAGAAACAGAGCGUAGAAACCUGUUGCAGGAUCGGAGACCCUGAUGCCAUUGACGGAGAACUUCGGCAUUAGCAAUUGGUCAUUUCAACAACAGAGUUCGUGAUACAUGUAUUCCCUGCUUUCUAUUAUGCUCAAUAAUUAGUAUAACAAAACUGAUGGUCGUGAUUCAGAAUUUACCUACCUCAUUGAAAUUCCGGCAUCACUGCAACUCUCACGGGAAAUGAAGCAAAAUUCUGGAGCACGCAUCAAGCGUUGACGCUGGGAAGGAAAGGACAUGGUGUGGAAGUUCAUCGGGAGGCAUAACUCCGAGGGCGGAGAGUGCUCUCGCGAGCCUACAGCGGUAGGAGAAGGAAGUAUAUGUAUACACCACACGGAAGGUGAGAAGACGACCCUGAAAUUGUGGAAGGUGGAGGGGAUCGGAAGGGGAAGCAAACAGGCAAAACUGAUCACCCCUGCUGGGUCAUCCGAGUUUAUGAGUUGCACUUAGGAAUGCAGCAGCUGCACUCAGGACUCAGGUAAACACAUCGUUACAAAAUCUGGAGAUUUAUUUUGUCAUCAUUGCAACAAGCAGCACUCUGCCACACCAAGCACGCAAUGUUUCAACCUGUUGGUAUAUACAUAUGGAUAACGAACACUUCUGUCAAACAAGCAGCAAUGCAGCUGAACGCUCUCCAAACUUUUCAGGCUGCCUCUGUGGAGAUGAUCUCCAGCUCGGCCCACCACAGCGGCGACACCUUGGGGGUGGCCGCGUCCGGUGGCAUGGCGGUGAUCUCCCUCAGCCGCCUCGCGACCUCUGUCAUCGUCGGCCGCCGCCUCGCCUCCCGGUCAGUGCAGGACCGUAUGACGCUGUC